UAUUUUCUUAGGUUUACUUUAACGCCAUCUCUCAACUCUAUCCAUUUCAUCUCCUGUCAUUGUUGCUGUCUUCCACUUCAACUCACAGGGUUAAAAGUAUGCAAGGAGCCAUUAAAUCGUUUGUCUCCCAUGGGAGUUUGAUCAAGACUGCUGUUUUGCAACGCGUCAGUGUGGUGAAUCCGGUGCUGAGGCCAUUGAUUUUUUCAAGAAAUGAGUCGGUUUCAUCGGCUCGUAUGGAAGAGCAUGGAUUUGAGAGUACCACUAUUUCAGAUAUCUUGAAAGAUAAAGGUAAAAGUGCUGAUGGGUCUUGGCUUUGGUGCACUACUGAUGAUACUGUUUAUGAUGCCGUCAAGUCGAUGACCCAACACAAUGUUGGAGCCUUGGUGGUGGUGAAACCUGGAGAGCAAAAAUCAGUUGCUGGGAUUAUUACUGAGAGAGAUUAUCUCCGGAAGAUCAUAGUGCAGGGAAGAUCAUCCAAGUCAACUAAGGUUGGGGACAUCAUGACAGAAGAGAACAAGCUUAUCACAGUCACACCCGACACCAAAGUUCUGCGAGCAAUGCAAUUGAUGACAGAUAACCGCAUUCGGCACAUUCCGGUGAUCAACGAUAGGGGAAUGAUAGGGAUGGUGUCAAUUGGAGAUGUUGUUCGUGCUGUGGUGAGUGAGCAUCGUGAGGAGUUAAACCGCUUGAAUGCUUUUAUACAGGGAGGUUACUAGAUAAUGACGAAAAUGGUGGAAUGUUGAGAUGAGCUCUUUGAACACUAAUAAAGCAGGAGCUUGUAAAUAGGGUGUGUUGUGUGCACCUUUGUCUUUUGUUUUUGCAGAUGUCAAUAUCCCUUGACAUGAAAUAAUACCAUGUGGACCAACAGGUUAAUAACCAGGACUCCAAUUUUGAUUUGGAUAUCUGUGUUUAUUCUCUCUGCAAAGGAUGGUUAAUUAUUUCUACUAGUUUGUUGAUUUUAAUCUA